GAGAUCCGUAGAGCCGACUCUGUGCGCGGUCACAUCCCGCCCCGACUUCCCCUCUGCCAGCGGCCUGGUGCUUUGAGAUGAGGAGAAGAUGUCGGUGUCGGGGCUGAAGGCCGAAUUGAAGUUUUUGGAGUCAAUUUUUGACCCAAACCACGAACGAUUCAGAAUAAUAGACUGGAAACCCGAUGAACUCAGUUGUCAAUUCAACGUAACAGGAGAGAAGCUGCUGAUCAUUCACUGCAACAUCACGGAAUCAUAUCCCUCAACCCCCCCAAUAUGGUUUGUUGACUCUGAUGAUCCGAGUCUGGCUGAAGUGUUGGAGCGUUUGGAGGAUGUGAGGAAAGGCAGCACAUUGCUCCUUCAGCAGUUGAAGCGUCUCAUUUGUGAUCUCUGUCGGCUUUACAACCUGCCGCAACAUCCAGAUGUAGAAAUGCUUGAUCAGCCUCUACCUGCUGGCCCUAUUACCCAAGAGAGAAAGCAUGGCCCAUCAGAUGAGGUGACAUCAGAAGAAGAGGAGGAAGAAGAAAUGGGAGAGCAGGACAUUGACCUGGACCAAGACCUGGACCAUUACGACAUGAAAGAAGAGGAGCCAGCAGAGGGUAAAAAGUCUGAGGAUGAUGGGAUAGAAAAAGAAAACCUGGCCAUCUUGGAGAAAAUUCGUAAAAACCAGAGACAGGAUCACUUGAAUGGUGCAGUGUCAGGCUCUGUGCAAGCCUCAGACCGCCUAAUGAAGGAACUCAGGGAGAUCUACAGAUCACAGAGCUACAAGACAGGUAUUUAUUCAGUCGAACUAGUCAGUGACAGCCUUUAUGAGUGGCAUGUCAAGUUAAGGACGGUAGACCCAGAUAGUCCAUUACAUAGUGACUUACAGGUCUUAAAAGAAAAGGAAGGUGUGGACUACAUUCUGCUCAAUUUCUCUUAUAAAGAUAAUUUUCCUUUUGAUCCUCCCUUUGUACGGGUUGUCUCACCUGUGCUGUCCGGAGGUUAUGUUUUAGGAGGAGGGGCCUUGUGCAUGGAGCUUCUCACAAAACAGGGCUGGAGCAGUGCCUAUUCCAUAGAAUCUGUCAUUAUGCAGAUAAAUGCAACUCUGGUGAAAGGAAAAGCCAGGGUGCAGUUUGGAGCCAAUAAGAACCAGUACAAUCUUGCCAGAGCACAACAGUCGUACAAAUCCCUUGUGCAGAUUCACGAAAAGAAUGGCUGGUACACGCCACCUAAAGAGGAUGGAUAAACAGAGCUACUGCCACUAUGCACUGAGAACAUGUCUUUGGGUCAAAGUAUCUUGUUUUCUUUGGAAUAUUUCCCCCUUCUGACUUAUUCUGGGGAUGUAUUAUCAUCUUUUGUGUGGAAACCAUCUCGUUGGCUCAUCUGACAGGUAUUCCUUCGCCCUCUUGCUCCAGGAAAGAAAGACUUUGUUCUGGUAUCUCUCGUCGUCUUCUCCUCUCCGUGUUUUAGUGAGGCGGAAGCUGUGAGGGAAUCUCUCGUUCUGUUUUCUAAACAUGCUCAUUUGUCUUUGAAAAAAAGAACUUUUCUCCCUUUAAAUGUAGGGAAAUGCUAUUUUCUUUUAGCUGCUUCGACAAAGUGGGCCUCACAGUCAGUUACCCCUCUUUGAAUGGAAAUUUUAAGAGAUUGAUCCGGAAACUCUUCAGCUGCUCCUGUUUUUUAUUAACUGCAACCUCUUAAAUCUUUUUUUUUUUUUUUUUUAACUUUUAUUUUUCCCCUUUUUUAAUUAACUGGUACAUAAACACAGGUAUUGUUUUAAGAAUUUUAUUUGGCAAUUUGUUUUUGUUAUUUCAGCCUCCUAGAGCAUAAUUGAGCCACUUUUAAUAUUUAGGAAGCUUCUCUUAAAGAUUAACAUCACCAUUGACCAGUCGGUAUCUUUUAGCCUUUAUUGAGAAGUGCAAAGGAAUAUGGCCAGGCAGAAUCAACAUUCUCCAGCAGUUUUUAACUAAAAUUUAGAGUUUUCUGGAGAAGGAAUUCACAAGUAGUUCAUAACAAAACAGGGCUACAUUUCAUAAGAUAAUAAGACGAGUGUUAUGGCAUCAUUGUAGACCUAAUAAUGAAGCUCUUUUUGCCUUAUUAGCACAUCAGUUUGGCUCUUGGUCUUUCUGUUAAGUAAAGCUGCAGAGUUGAAUGGCUGGUUUGAUGCUAAUAAACAAAGUCUUGUGUUUUUUUAAAGACAGCGGCAUGUUGCACAGGAGCCUCAACUUUUAUAAAGAGCAUAGUUGGAAAUGUUGAAACAGAACUGUGCUGGGAUGAAAUGAAGGGUGUUAAGAUGUGAUUUAUUUCCUUAGCAUUCCUCACAGGUUUGGCAGCAAAUUGUUUGCAUCAAAUCUUCCUGACAUGUAUUGAUUGUAGUGGUUUUCCCUGUGCCCAGUUUGGAUUUGAGACUGUUACCAUGUUACAACCUCCCCCUUGUUUCUUGGUCAUCGACCAAACGUCCAUGACUCGCAGGGCUUCCUUUGCGAUAAAGAAACACCACAGAAGUGUGUCGGUUUGUCACAAAAAAGAUCAUUAAAUUCUCUUACUUUUAUCCUUAAUCAUGCAAUAUAUGCUGUAGUGGUCCCCAUAAUGCAGGACGCAUGCUGCAUCAAUCAGUCUGUCAGCACUGUCUGCAAAAGUGUUUGAAUGGAAACUCAGGUAACAAACAAUAUCUGAUCAUGCACAUUUUGGGUUAUUUUCUUGGAUUUAUUAACACGGUACUUUUAAGUUGAAUUUAUCCUCUGAUCUGAUGUCAAAGAAAAUGAGCUUUAUAAUAAAAUAGGCCACAUUUUUCAUCUAAAUCAAGCAGUUUUAAAAGAGGAACAUUUACAAAAAGAUGCUAUUUUAACUGGAUUUCAGCAGCAUGAUAAGCACCCUACUUAAUGGCUUGAUAAUACAAACUGCUGCCACUUUUAGUCUUUUGGUUAGGGAGUUUUCCGUGUAUGAUCUCAAAGCGUUUCUGAUUUUGCACAACUGGCAAUAAUGUGCCUGAAGAGGUCAAAUCUAAUAAAACACACAUCCUUAGCUAAAUAUGUUGUUCAGGUUUAAGUUUUUUCACAUCCUGUUGUUACAUGUGUGAUAAAGUUAAAGAGGGGGGAGUUUUCUGGCUGUCCUCACCUUUAAAUGAGCUCUCGUGUCAGGGGAGAUUGGCAUUUGUGUUUUAAUUUCAACAACCACUUUCCCCUGUGAGACUCCCUCCCUGACAAUAAAAAUGCCAAAUCUCUACUCAGAGGGGACGUGGAAGGGACGAUUGAAUUUAAAGGUCAUGCCGUGGUGAACAGACUUGCACACUUCUCUUACUGGACUGGGUUGAAAAGAUUCAUUUUUAUCUCUGCUGUUGAUUCUUUUUCCGGCACCAGUGUACGGAUGAUCGAUCAGGUCCGGUGCAGUUGGCUCACGUUGGUUUUGUUUAAUUUUUCAUUUUCCAUUUGAAGAAAUUUUGACCAUGUACAGUAAUUUGUAAACUUGCAUCAAGUUUAUGAAUAAAGAAUUUUAAGAUUA